GCACUGAGGCGCUGCGGCGGCUGCGGCGGCGGCGGCAGCAUCGGUGGCGGCUGCUCUUCCUAGCCUGGCGGGGGCGGGGGUCUGGAGGAUGGGGGCGGGAGGAACAACGGGCCGGUGAGGAGCAGCCGCCGCCGUCUCUGCCGUCGCUCGGGCAGCCGCCGCGGUGGUCGCUCAGGGCAGCGCCGAUAGCUCUCGGGCCGUGGCCUCUUCAUCCCGACAUCCCGCCCCAAAGAGGCUGAGGCUGAAUCGCGGCGGGCGGCCGGGGGACCGUCCGGCUUCGCAGCGGCGCUGCGGGCGGCAGUGACAGUACGGACCCGGCCCGCCGCCAGCUCUCGCCCUUGGCGCCCGCCCGCAGCCACGAUGAACCGGGGCGGCAGCAGCUCGUCGGCCGCCGCCAACUACCUGCUCUGUACCAACUGCCGGAAAGUGCUGCGGAAGGAUACAAGAAUCAGAGUAGCUCAACCCUUGACAAGAGGACCAAGUGCCUUUAUUCCAGAGAAGGAGGUUGUCCAAGCAAAUACAGUGGAUGAACGCACUAACUUUCUUGUGGAGGAAUACUCCACGUCUGGGCGCCUGGACAACAUCACCCAGGUCAUGAGUCUGCACACCCAGUACCUGGAGUCUUUCUUGCGGAGCCAGUUCUACAUGUUGCGCAUGGACGGUCCCCUGCCUUUACCACACAGGCACUACAUUGCAGUCAUGGCUGCAGCUAGACAUCAGUGUUCUUAUUUAAUAAACAUGCAUGUGGAUGAAUUUUUGAAGACUGGAGGUAUUCCUGAGUGGUUGAAUGGUUUGGAAUAUGUGCCACAAAGACUGAAAAAUCUAAAUGAAAUAAAUAAGCUGCUAGCACAUCGGCCCUGGCUAAUCACAAAAGAGCACAUUCAGAAACUCGUCAAAACUGGAGAAAACAAUUGGUCUUUACCUGAACUGGUCCAUGCUGUGGUCCUACUGGCACAUUAUCAUGCUUUGGCAAGCUUUGUUUUUGGCAGUGGUAUCAAUCCAGAGAGAGAUCCAGAAAUCUCCAAUGGACUCAGGCUAAUAUCAGUCAACAAUUUCUGCGUUUGUGAUCUUGCAAAUGAUAACAGCAUAGAGAACGCAGCCCUUACAGGCGGCAACUAUGGGAUUGUGGAUUCUCUAAGUGAGCUAGAGGCCUUAAUGGAAAGGAUGAAAAGGCUUCAAGAAGAACGGGAUGAGGAAGAGGCAUCUCAGGAAGAAAUGACCACUCGUUUUGAGAAGGAGAAGAAAGAAAGCCUUUUCGUGGUCUCUGGAGAUACGUUCAAUUCAUUUCCUCAUUCAGAUUUUGAGGAUGACAUGAUUGUAACAUCGGAUGUCUCUCGAUAUAUUGAAGACCCUGGUUUUGGGUAUGAAGACUUCGCUAGACGAGGAGAAGAGCAUUUGCCAACAUUCCGAGCUCAGGACUAUACCUGGGAAAAUCAUGGGUUCUCCCUGGUAAACAGACUUUAUUCUGACAUCGGGCAUCUUCUUGACGAAAAGUUUCGGAUGGUCUAUAAUCUCACGUACAACACUAUGGCCACCCAUGAGGAUGUGGACACCACCAUGCUGCGCAGAGCUUUAUUUAACUAUGUGCACUGUAUGUUUGGAAUCAGGUAUGAUGACUAUGACUAUGGAGAAGUCAAUCAAUUACUUGAGCGAAGCCUGAAGGUUUACAUCAAGACGGUGGCCUGCUACCCUGAGAGGACCACAAAGCGCAUGUAUGACAGUUACUGGCGGCAGUUCAAACACUCAGAAAAGGUUCAUGUGAACCUCCUUUUAAUGGAAGCACGGAUGCAAGCUGAGCUUCUGUAUGCUCUUCGUGCCAUAACUCGGCAUUUGACCUGAAGCAUCCCCCACGGAAAGCGUCAUGCGUGUGUAAAGACCUUUUCACCUAAGAUAUACAUCAGAAGCUGUUUGUGAUAUAGCAUCAAAAAUUUUCAAUUGUCUAGAGUCAAAGUUUAGCCGUUUUCUGUUUUGUUUUGUCUUUGCGGCUGUAAUGUGCAAUGCUGUGCUUUAUUUUUCUUGAUGCUCAACAUCACUAACAACUGCAGAAUAACACUGAGGAGCACUACUCUGCAUUGUUUAUAGUUGGAGUUUUGGAUACUGACCAUAAAUCAUGGACUUGGUUUGUUAAUGCUUAACUUCAAUGCUUUUGGGUUUUAUAUGUAUGUGUAUUUUUUUUCCUCUCUCUCUCUUUUUUUUUUUUUGUAAGUAAAAGCGCUUACAAUCUGCUUAAGCAAUUGCCUUUCAGAUAAUGAAAUUCAGCAAAGAAUGACCUCUUGUGGCCAUUCUAAACUGUUAAUGUUGUGUCCUAAAUCUGGUGGAGGAAAAGCAUGCGCCGUUGAACCAAGCUGCUCACUGGACACAUUUGUGUCUCCAGGAGAUUAUUUGUCAGGCACUGUUUUUUUUUUUUUUUUUCUUUUUUGGUUGUUCUUUCUUUUUUUUUUUUUAACUGCUAUUGGCGAUAACGUGAAAUGUGAUACAGCCAUUGUCCAUAAUUUAAUGUGAAAUUAAUCAUGAUGAAUUCUAUAGCAUGCUACUGAAAUGUCAAAUUCAGCUAUUUCUUUCUCUUCUACAAGUAAAAGAGAAGUUUCGUUUUUCCAUAUCAGAUGUAUAUAUUAAAAGUGGAAUUAUACACAAUCCUUUCUAUCACUGACAGUAAUCCUCAGUCAUCCUCAGUGAUCAGUGCUCAGAGUGCUGCUUACAGCUCAUUUAGUUGGCACAUAUAUCCCGUACCCACGUAAGACUGACCAAAAAUUUUCUUUGCACAUUUUUCCUCUUUCAUAGUUAUUUCUAUAAAUCAGUAAGCAAAGGAAGGCUGAUAUGUCUGUAUUUCUUCCUGUUAGGCUUUUAGAAAUUAUUUUCCAUGAUAUUUCUUCUUAUAAUAGGUUAAACAGUUUAUUAUUCAAAGGUAAAAAAUGUGUUUCUAUGCAUUAAUGUGAUUGAACAACAUCAACAAGAGUGCAAUAUGUUUAAAAAACUCAAUCAAACUUCCCCCAUCAUAUCACUGCAGAAGUGUCCUUUUAAACAGAGCCAUAAAGAAAUUUUUUUCAAAUUUCUUUAUUGCACAAGGCUUUUUUUUUUUCAGUUUUACCUUAACUGGGGUUGAAUAAUGUUCCUUUCAUGAUGCCAAAGCAUUCCCUUCCCCAGAAAAAUCUCUUUGGACAACUGGUUUUAAAAAGAUAUAAAAUCAUAGGGGAGGAAUGAGCAGCCAAAAGGUCACUUUUUUUCAUUGGUUUCUGUUGCUUGAUUUGACUAUCUUCAGAGAGCACAACUUUAUGUGUUUAUAGCUUUAAUUUGUAUUGUGUUAACGAACCAGUGAAGUGCCUCAAGAGAUGCUCACAGCUAGCCAGUAGGACACAACUGCACUGCUUUUUAAACACUUUUUGGUUAAUUAAGGGUGACUUGAAUUUUACAGAUACAUGCUGAUUUUUUUAAAUAUCCAUUUUUUUCAUAGUAAAUAAUACAGUUAAGAUUUUCCGUUAUAGUUCCCACGAAGAUUUUAUUUUAGAUUUACUUGUUAUGUAGGACUUAACUUUUUUCUCUCGGGAAAGAAGCGUGAACUAGUGUUUUGUUAAAUCACUUUUCUCUUUCAUUUCUCAUCCUUUUCUGGUUCAGUACAUUAGGUUGUUUUCCUUUAGAUUUUGUUCCAGAUAAGAAGACAAAGAUGACUGUAAACCUAUUAACAUAAGGUAGUUCUUUAUUUUUGGAUUCCAGGAUCUUGUUUGAAACCUUCCAUGUGAGGAAAACAUUACUAAUAUUUUUGAAGACAGGGUGGUUUAUUUAAAGAGAUUAUUCAAAAAACUGGUGCCAGAUCUCUACUGUUCUGUUGUAUGCCAUGUGUUGAUUUUUGUUCAAUAUCACAUUAUAUAGGUAUGUAUUAACCACAAAGUAAGUGUUAGGAGCAUGGCGAAACACAGAUGGCAAUGUAAAUGUCCAUUUGAUUAACUUCCCUAGUUUUAGAACUUUCAAGUUGAAGAUACCUUUUAUUCUUGGAUUUGUUUUCUACUAGAAUCCUUUCAACUAAUAGCCAUGUAUUUUUGUGCAGGUGAACUGUAUUCCAGGAUGAAAAGUGAUUUUUAUGUAUUAAAAAGGAGAAGAAAUUCCCACAGAACACGAGAUGAGCUUUAGACCAAAAGGGGAAACAAGGUUCAAGUAACUAAAAUGGCCACUUAGUCUUUUUAUUUUUAUUUUUUCCCCUAGAAAUGUAAGUAGUUGGAAUUUAGGUUAUGGAAAUAUUAGUGCCUUUAAUAGAUCUCUUUCCUAGCCAAGUUUCUUUUUAGCUCAGCGUUGAUCUAGCUUAUCAAUAAUUAGGAAAACAAGUUGACUUGGAACUAUAAACAAAAGCAAAACCAAUAUGUUUAUGAACCUCAAUGAACCAGCCUAGAAAAAUUGUCUUCUGAAGACGCUACAGCACCUGCUACCCUGCAGCUUGCCCCACAUUCCAGGUGGUGGGUACGAUUUUGUUGCUGUUAACUCUCGUAAUCUAAUGCAAACUUGAAAUUCUGAUGCGGUUUUCCAGGGUGGUAUUUUUUCAGAGUAUUGAAUUUACUACAUAGUAAUUUAUAGUAUAGCUUUUUAUAUUAAAAUGUGAUAUUUUUAAAAAGAGAUAUCUGGUUCAAUUGGUAUAACUGAUAAUGAUGUGAUUAUACAAUAUGCUAAUCUACAUCUUGGACUCACAUUGUGCCAAACUUAAAUGUGCAAGUGUACGUGAGAAAAGCACAUGUGAAUGUGAAUUCUUUAAUCCCUUGCUUAUUAUAUUAGUAUAAUAACCCACUGAUGUAUAUGCUUGAAUAAUGUCUCUUUACUUUGGAAUUUCAAAUUUUCCAGCUUCAGUGGUAAUUCUUCAUUUCUCAGGUCACCUUAAGAAAUAUUUAGAUACUCUCCCACCUGAAAAUCUGUUCCUUGAGCAACUUGACUGUGGGAGUGGCCAGGCAGGUGCCUCACUGGAUCCUUCAGAUAAGUCUCCCUCAGGUGGACUGAUGAUAAUUAGGGAAAGAGGCUUUAAAAUGGGUCUUCCUUUUGAGCUAUGUGUAUUGUCUCAUUUUCAUUAGGAAUUUGUCCCAUUUGGGGUUCUUUUGAAAUAAAACGUGGAAUCCAGAGCAUAGCUAUGGCCUUUAAUUGUUUUAAGCCCAAAUAAUGUUUUAAGCCCAAAUAAUGGCAGAGGAACACUGUAUUGUUUUUAGAACAGAAAAUUCAACCUAAGUUUUAUAUCAAAAUCAUAUAAAAUUUGAACCAGAGCUCCUAUUUUAAUUGUUAUCAUGUCUCCUAAAGAUUUUAAAUGCUUCUAAAAGCUAACUGAUAUUAUUCUAGAGCAACUUUUUCCUUUUCCACCUUAUAAAGUUUUUUUUAAUCCAAAAUCUUAGAUUUCUAUACCACAGUAAAUAAAAUUAUCAAGAAAUAAUUAAAGAUCUGUACUUAAAAGAGUUUACCACUAUUAGUGGAGAGUGUAUGCAUAUAUGAUAGAUUCUUUUAAACUCUAAGGAUAAUUCAUCAGAGAAAAAAUAAAUUUCAGUGCAUGUUAUAGAAAGGAUUUGCACUGUGAGAGUAAAAUGAGUUUUUUUGUUUUGUUUUAUAUUUUGUUGUAUAGGACAAUUCUAAACCAUUUCUCCAAAAAGCAAGAACCUAAACUCUUCUCUUUAUCUAAUAGGACUUUUCUUCUUUUGUGCAAAGAGAUGGCCUUGCAUGGAGUAAAAUGUGUGCAAGAAUAAUGCUAUAUAAAUAGCAUAUGAAAUUGGCUUAGUAGUACAAUUCAAGAGCAAACUGAAAACAAUGUUGCUCCUCUUUUCAGAUUGAGUUUUAAGUUAUCUAAUUUGUAUAAUCAGAACCACUCUAGGCGGCCAUCAUCAUAAACUAUGUUUCCUUCUUAUAUCACCCUGGAGACUGAGUAUCAAAUUAACUAGUCUUUCUUCAAAGCAGUACUGUGACAUGAAUGUAUUAUCUCGGUCGGCAGAACCUAAAUGCCCAUUGUAUGUAGAGCUGAUUUCAAUGCUCAUUUGACUUGUUAGUAGUGUCUGCCCAUGUGAGACCUAGAACAAAAAGAGUUGGGGUGAAAGGGAUAGUAGAGGUGUAGGUAUAUGUCGAGGCAGAGCCCUGUGAGGAAGGAAAAGUUUUGAAAGAACACCUUGAACAUACUGCUGAGAAUGUGGCUGUCCUCAGCAUCGUACACCUGAUAUAAAGGAAACAUUCCCUGUGUGGGAGCUCUCAUCUACACUCAGCCCACCCCUUCCUGCCUGCUUUCUCUUCCUCCAAGUGCCUGGAUCCCUACACGCCCACUCUUCUCCCUUCCCUCAGCCCACCUUGGUCCGAAUGCCCUCACAAUCCAACCAGACAUCACCAGCCACCUGCUGAUAGUCACCAGCAUUUACUUUUCUGAGUUAAUCUUUGUUCAUUCAUUAAGAAUAUGGCAUUGUUCCCACUCACCUCAGUCCUCCAGCUGUGUUUUGCUGUCCUUUGCCCUGGGCUCCUCCAGCUGUCCUGCAGCAUCAGAUGUAAAUCUUGUCCUCCCCGCGCUAUGCCACCCUCUUCCCAGCUGCCAGAAUAUCUUUCUCCUCUACCUCAUCCCCAAAGAGCCUAUAAAUUCAGAGUAUCCAAUCUUUUCAUGGAUUCACUCUCUGCUGUUCAGUAAUACUAUUUCCAUAUUUUAAAUAGAUCAUAAAAGAUUUUUGCCUUCUAUCAAAGUAGGAAUCUUUAUAUUUAUACAUGAUACAGAAAUUGAACUAUUUCUACCGUGCAGAAUUUAGCAUUUAGCAGGAUUUUAAAGUGAUCGAUUGUCAUCCUAACUUGGAUUUAUAUUAGGUAAUGAAUACUGGUAUUAAUCCAAGCUAUCUGAAUGUAAAGUUAAAAAAUUCUCCAGCAAUCUGGAAUGACCUGUAACCCUUGAGUAGGAACAGGAAAUUUCUAGCAUACAAAUGGGGUGAUGGUUCAGACAUUUGUUUUAUUGGUGUUGUUUGGACCUCGAAAUGCAUUUCUAAUAGAAGGACAUGUGACAAAGGAUGUUUAGAUGGGCCAAUCGGGUCACAGAAGCCCCUUUAAUUUGUAGAUAGACCCACAGAAUUGAGGACAAACAUUUGACCAGGAUUUCCUGGGUUAGACCAAGACUCUAACCCCCAUUCUUAUUCUUUUCUCAUUGGAGAAAAAAAGUGUUCUAUGAGAUGAAAAGAGAAUGCCCCGACUUUAUAGUCCUUGUUACCCUGUCUGCACUUUAGGUCUAUCCAGAAAGUGUCCUAAAGGGAGAGGAAGACAACAGCUCCUUCCCAGCCAGUGGGCACUCAGCUUUGUUCAUAGAUGUCAAACUAGAUCAGGUCUCCACCAUGGGCACUGCAGAUGGUUGUCUGACCUAAAGAGGAACCAUUCUGUUCAAGACCAUUCUGGUGGUAUUUGGACAUUUUUUAGUUAAUUCAUGAACAACCCAACCUGACAGCAGUAUCCAAUAAAUGCCUUUAAGGGCCCAAGAAUGAAUUGAUGGCUUAGUUGAGAAAUGAAGAUUUAAUGAUGGAGACUAAAUGGAUGGUUUUUAUUAAAUCCUGUCAUGAGUGUUCAUUUUAACUUUAAUUAUGACUGUACCACCAUCAAAUAUAAAAUCGGAAAAGAAAUGAUACAGGAGAAAAGGAGAAUAAAUAUCUGAUUCUUUUGAAUGCUUGUAGAAAUCUUUCAAAUAAUGCAGUAUACACCAUAAAAUAGCCUUUAGAACAAAGACCCCAUUUUAUAUUUCAUAUGACAACAUCAAACAUUAGUAAGUCUAAAUAUGAUAAAUAAAAUUUUUGUUAUGUAAGUUUUGCUAAAACAGUCUAUUUUCUUGCACCUCUGAAGUUAACCUCUCAAAAACUGAAUGUAUAAAGAGGGAGAGAAAAGCUCUGAUCUUUAGUGUUGAAAUAUUGUUCAUGAGUCCUGAUUAGUUAAGUACAUUAUGAUACUUACAGAAUAAACUGAAUUAUACAGAUCUUUCUUAAAUUAUUUAAUCUUUACAAAUUUACAACUGGCUCUCCUAAGUCUGACAAGGAAGGAUCAAAAGGCAGGAUAAAGUAUAUUAGUUGGGUGGCCAAGAAGUUUCCUUUGUAAUGUGGAAAGACUAUUAUUGCCUUUCUGAAUUUCUCUGGUUCUCUAACAUUAAAUAGUACCUUCGUUCACCAACAAAAGAGAUCCAAACUAUAUGUCUAGUGCAAAUAUUUCCUUUGCAUUCAUAUGCCUUCUCCAGAUAGAAAAUAUAAUUUCCCUCUUCCUCUUUCUCUUCGCAUUUACUUUUUUCAACCCAAAAUAAGAUAGAAAGCAAACCACCAGCCAGUUUAGAGUCUUGUCCAUGCUAAUAGGCACAUCCACACACAGUCUGAGCAAGGUAGUAACGCACCUGUCAGGGCAGCAUGGCCUGUGACCUUGCUACUGGGAUUAGCUCCUUCAAACCUGAAAAUAACUUUCCUGGUCAUGGAAGAACUGGAUGUAUCUUUUAACUUAUGAAAUAGGAUUUGAACUUGAAAACUUUUUUUUAAUCCUGAUUUUGCAGGGCAGCUACAUAAUGAAUGUAUAUAUUAAGACUUUGUAGCUGAAUUCCACACGAAAUCAGAUUGCCAACUUUUGACUUUUCAAUUUUAGACAUCAUUUUAUUCUUAAGUUGUGAGCGAUAUAUGUAGCAUGCUGUGAAAUGUCUAUUAUAGUUCUUUAAUUCAUCAGUAUUAAUACAGAAUUAUCUUUUGCGUUCUUUGGUACUUUUUUUCAAUGUAAUCAGAAGCUGUGAUGUUUUUGCCUCUGUAGUCCUGUGCUUUGUUACUGUAAUUUUUUUUUUUUACGAAGCACGUGACUGUGGACUAAUGUAAGGCGGAUGACGUGAUCUUUAAGACUGCUAUAUGUGUAUAUCAGUCUCUUACUCUAUAAGGUUUUAAAUUAGAAUAAGCUUUUAUCAAAUAGAUCAUUGAUGCAAUUUAGGAUUCACACAAGUUUCACUGUCAAAUGGCGGUCUUAUAUUUAUAGUUUCAAUUCCGACAAUAGCAAACUUAAUAAACAGCCACUUUAAACUCGUUCUGGCAAACCAGACCCUGCUGUAGAUAUAGUCUAAGCUAGUUAAACAUGUAAGCCUUUUCAACUCUUGAUGCCCUCCACCUGAGUCAGCAGUUAAGGAGAUCUUAGAACCCAUGAAAGCUUUUUAUAUGUAUUACUAGGUUUUAUUUUUCUCUUGUUGCUGAUUUUACAGUUCUGACUAAAACUGACCUGAACAGAUCAGUUUAUGUGUAAUAUUCUAGUGCUUUAAUGCAUUUUUGUUUUUUCUGGAGGGCUGAGUAACAUUAUUUGAACAGAUACGGAAGGAACUGUUAGUGAGUCAAGACAAAUACAUUUGAAAUAAAGGAACUGUGUAUUAACAUGUUAACAAUUCAUAACUGCACUUUUUAUGACAUUUUGAAAAUCUAUUUAUAGGUACAGAACAAUGGGUUUUGUUAAACUGUAUCACAUUUAUACUUGCAGAAAUUUAUUUCAUUGUUAUUAGUAGGAAUUUUAUUGGUUCAAUAAAAUUGGCAAAACUGAACAC